CCAACCCAGCCCCCAAAGUUUGCAACCUAGUAAAGAAGUUGGUGAAUUGCCAGCCAGAAAACUUUGCUUUGUACCCUUAAGCAAGGGCUGGGGAUGAGGGGAGAUAUCUCUACAAAGAUCCGUUUCUGGACAAUAAUCUCCAGGUGCAAGAGUCGAAAGAGAGUUGAAGAGGCUACAUUGAGUGCAGGAAGCAAGCCCUAUUGUCUCUCUGGAAGAUGUGCCCAAAUUCAACCUCUGUCCUUCUGAGAUCGCUCUCUCUUCCCAUUCCCUCCUCUUCCAUAGCCUUCCCUUGCCCCAGAUCUGGGCAGGUUCCUCGGACCGGAGCCUCCUGCCUACCCUCCUUCCCUCUCCAACCCAGAAAAGUUGAGGCUGGGCUAGGGCAGAGGCAGGAGUUGGGGGCGGGGAUGGGAAAGCGGCCUGAACUCGAAGUGUAAGGGUAUCAGUCACUGCCGGGAAGGAAGCUCCGGCUUGUGAACUCUUCUUGAACCGAGAUUUAAGUCUGCAGCCAUAAAUCACCGAGACGUAAACUCCGCCAUUCAGCGACGGGAGCGGCCGGUUGCGGCCCUGCUUACCUUAACUUCUGACGAGCACCAAGAGCGCAGGCUCAGGCUGAGGCUCCGGCACCCGCUCCGGCCCCCGGCCCGGCUCGGCGGCCCGGCCGGGUCCCCUUGGCGCAGGAUGGGCACCGACCCUCAGCAUCAGCCGAGACGGCAGGCUGGCAGGAGACCCCGAGGCCCGGACGCCGCCGCGAAGAGCGUGGCCGCCUCGCUGCUCCGGCACGGCUCGCCCAGGGCCGACUGGGGCGGCUUGGACCCCCCCUCCCACCCACCCCACCCACCCACCCACCCCUCCCCCACACCCCCGCCCCCUGCCCUUCCCGAGGGCAGCAGCCGCGGCCCGGAGAUAAGCGCUUGUGCGGCGCCGGGCUCUGCCUGGGCUAGUGGCACCGACUUGGCCCGAUCGGAUGUAGCAUUUGAAGAAAGAAGGCGUGGGUCAAUAAUCAACCCGCACUUUCUCCUCCAAACUGCUGACGCGACUCUCACCGCCUUCUCAGCUAAGCCAGCUGCCAGGAAGGCCAGCUUUCCGUGAAAACCCGCCCUGCGAAGGAACUCUCUGGGCCAAGGGGACCGAGGCCGCCGGAGCAAGGGCUGGGGCGCCCGGAAUUCAUACCUUUCCGCUGGCGCCAAGACCCUGCUGGGCAAAACGCAGGGACCGGACUUGAAGAGCUGUGGGAGCCCUGGGAUAUCUGGGGCAGAAGCUCGCUUCCGGCCAGGGCCUCUAUCCGCCCCAUAGGUGGCUCCCGGGCUGCCGGCCUCAGCGGGUAGAAGUGGGGCUCCGACCUCAAGACGAAGGUCCGACGUCCUGGCGUGCAGAUGGUCGGCGCCCCAGUCUCAAUCCGCUCUGCUGAAAUCCAAAGGACUGGCUUUGGAGCAAGCGUAGGCGAGAUUAUUUUAAAAUAAUAAUUUAUACUGACGGAAGGUUUCUAUUUGUCGGUUUGUUAUUGGCGUUUGUUUGUUUGUUUGUUUGUUUGUUUUAAAGAUAAAAUACCGAUUGUUGAUUUCCACCUCCAGAAAUUACUGGCCGCCGCCGCUGAGCCCUUUCUAGACAAAUCCCACAGCAGUUCGCCCGGCUUCACCAAAAUCGCAGAGCUUUUCCUUACUAAGAGGACCCCUUGGUUCCACCAGUUUCCCCAGAUCCCCGUGGCUCCCGAUCUCUCAUCCAGGGAGGACUAGAAGAAAACAUUUUCUCAGCACUAGAAGAAUACUUGGAGCAGCAAUGGUGCCGGUGGUGCCUUUCUACCAUUCAAGGGGGUGUCCUCCUGAAGGCGUCUGAGAGGGCCUCUGGCGGCUCCAAGGCUAGCAGCCCGGGAGGAAGGUGAGAAAUAAUGUGGGCAAGAAGAGGCAUCAAAAUCCCAGAAGGGGAGGAAAAUUAUUCAGGAAAUGUACUCGCCUGUGAGGGUGAAGCUGCCAUUUUGAGGUAGAAGGGGACCAGCCUUUUUUGAUGCCUAAUAGUUUAGCAUUAUAUAUAUUGGACUGACUUUAGCACUUUCAUGGAAGGAAAAACGAAUCUAAGCUCUAUAAAUGUGGCUCUUGGCUUCUCACUGUGCAUGCUUUUAUAUAGAACCAGAGUCCAUCCUUAGAUAUUUAUUCAGCUUGCUGGCACUGAAUCGACAAUAAAAAGAUGCCUCUAACAAA